AUGGCUCCUUCUUCGGGGGGCGCUGUGGGUGCUGAGCGGAAAAGGAUGAUGGAUUUGGCGGCCAUGGAGGCCGCGACGUCGAGUACUCAGCUGAUCCUACCUGUCAGCUACAGAAAGUUCAGGGGAGUUGCGCCGCGCAACUAUGUUCUCAAAGCUAUGCUUGAGGGUGAGCAUGCUUCUAUCGAAGACUUCCUGGAAAGGCUCAAUGAGGAUGCCAGUGCAGUUGUGGGAUCGGCUGUGCUAGUGGAUGAGCUCUUUCGUGUACGUGAAGCCCUCGUUCUUCUCUGGACCGAGCAGCUGACAAAGCGGUGUGAUGGCGACCCACCUUGGGUGGAGCGCCUCCAGGCGAUGGGACAUUUCCCAAGCACUACCCUGUGGUUUGCUGACGGGGACUUUGGCCUUGCUCCGGCGGAGGCCUAUCGCGAUGCAAAUGUCCAGCAGCAGCGGGGCAGCCGGGAGCAAGUGGCAGCAGGGCUGCCGCCUUCUGGUGGGCGACCUGGUGCUGGUGCGGACGCUGAGCUGGUGACGCAGCCGGCUGCUGGCGAGAUUGAGGAGAAUGCGGAGCUGGCUGGGCCUUCCGAAGUGGAGGCGACCAACCAUGGCGACGCUGCUCUUCCUUUGCAGCCGGCGGCCAGAUGUAGUAGCGUAAGGGCCCCGACCCGAGAACCGCGAAAAUCAAAGAAGAUCCGUGGAAGGACAAAGAGCCACCUAGCCCGGCCUCUCCCUGCCUCCUUGGUAACAUGUUUUCUAAGACCGGCCCGUUCGGGGCCCCCUCCGAGAGUAGCUCUCCUUGCCGCCAUGGCCUCGGUGCUGCAGCUCUCGGCCUGUGUCAGUGUCAGUGUGGACUUCCUUGGGGGCCCCCUGGGCGCCACGGCCCAAGGUGGCAGUGCGAUCGAGCAGAGCUGUGGCACGGAUUUUCUUGGCGGCCCCAUCUGGACGGUGCCCCAAGCGCAUGCAUAUCCUAGUGCCAGUGUGGAUCAUGUCAGCAAUCCCUUCAGUGUCCGUGUGGGUGAGGCAAAGCACCCGGGCCGCCGGGCCCCUGCAGGUGAGCCGAUGCUUUGUGUGUGCCAUGACUGGAAGAGGGGAUGCCGCCUGGGCGAGGCCUCUCACCCUGGCCCUGGUUUCAACCUUGACCUUGGCAACCUUGGGGAUAGCCUUGGCGAUAGCAUCAUGAAGUCGAUCAAGGAGCAGAUCCAGAAGGCAGUUGACGAGGCAAUAAAGCAGGCCCUGGCGUCGCUCAAUCUUGGCGGGGGCUUGGCUGCUGCCCGGCCGUCCGGUGAUCCAGACGUGCAGCUUGAGCCAAAGGGCAGGCGCAAGAGGAAACGUAAGGCCAAGCAGGCCACGAGCCACCCAGGUGGCAACCCCGACGUUUCGGGCGGCGAGCGUGCAGGUGGCCGCCAGAGCGCAGCCAAAGGCAAGGGCAAGCCUGGAGACAAGUCUGGCCCAGCCAAGGUGGCCCAGCGCGGUGGCCCAGGCGACUCAGGUCAACGCCGGGGCAAGGGCAAGGGCGGCUGCGGUGAGGCAGGCGGGCAGGAAGCCGGUGAUGGCUGGCAGAUCGUCCGGCGCAAGGCUCCAGAAGGCGCCUUCAAGCUUCGAAAAUCUGAUUGGGACGCUCCGGUCGUCGAGUAUGCUGCCCUAGCUGAGUUCAUUGACAAGGCUGAUGCCGGCAAGGUCCUCGAACUUGUAGUCUUUGUUUCGGCCGACCAGGUCACGCUUGCUACGAACAUUCUGCGGGGGAGCGGGCUGAGCUUCAAGGCCCUGCUUGUCUUCCUAUCCAAGGAUGAGGAGGCCCAGCGCAUUCCGGGCACCAUUGGGGAUCGCCUGGUCUUCAGGACUGCUAAGGUCCAGAAGCUCACGUCUGCAGGUGCCAGUGGCCAUGCUCCGCAGCCCACCGGCCUGAGCCAAACGUCCAUCAAGAUCAAACCCACUGAAAGUGCAGUCGUCUACUUUAAGGUGCCAAAGCAGUUCGCCUCAGCCGACACUUGGAAGGCUUUCGGGGGCAACGCCUCCAAGGCCGCUGUAGACUGGGUCGCGGCCCAAAGGAUCAAGGUGCUCGACACUUUUGCCUGGGUCCUGGAAAAGCAGCGCAACGACACUCAUGAGCAGUACUUUGGCAUUGUUCGCAUUCCGAAGGCAGACAUUGAGGGCAUCCUGGCCCACUCUGGCAAGGACGGUGUCUUCGUGGAUGCCGCUCGCACCUCAGGGCCCCGGGCGAAGCUCCAAUGGAUCGAGAAGCUCCCCGGCGAGAAGGUGGACGCCUACUUUGAACGUGCCCUGCGCCAGGCUUCCAGCCUGGGUUUGGUCGUCAAUGGGGGGCGAUUGGCGUGGCGAAGUGCCAUGGCAGCUGGAGAAGCAACGGUGCGCAUCUGGCACAUCGAUGGUGUGCCCCACGAGUGGGAUGUGGAUGCCGUCGGCCAGCUCUUGGCCAGACGCUUCACUGAGUACACCAUCCUGUCGCAUCGGCGCACUCGCCUCGGGUCCUGCUUUCGCUUCCGCGAGCAACCUGAAACCGCAGACACGGACCUGGUGCCGUUCGUCGUCGAGCAUCAGGAGAAGCCCUUGUCCUUGUGGGCAACGCUGGCACCUUUCCGUGUCGUCUCCAAGAAGCAGAAGCCUCUCGCCUCGAAGGCCGUCCCGGUCGUUGCUCUCGAGCAGCCUGUCGUUGCCACCAUCGUCAAACCUCCCACGGGGGAGCUGGCUACGGGCGAGGACGGCAAGGAAGUGCCCCAGCAGAAACGUGUCAAGCAGGAGGUGCGCACCAAGCCAGGUGACCUCCAGCUCAAGGCAUGCCCUCGUGACGGAGCCUGCGUGCUGCACGCACUAAGCCUCGGCCUUCAAUGGCUUGGUGACUCUCGGCCCAAUCACCCGCGCAUGCUCCGUGCGCAAAUGGUCGAACACAUGCGCCGGCACGCCACCCAGUACGAGAAGGAAUGGGACGGCAAAGGGCCGGACAGUGAGCCGGUCAAGGACCGGGACUUCCCGGCCUACCUCACUCUUAUGGAGAAGGAGGGGGCAUACUGCUCGGAUGUCGAGCUGAGGGCCCUGGGCCGUGUGCUGGACAUCAAAAUCGUCGUGCUGCCGGCGGGCCUCAACUUUUCUCCUUACGCCUUUCAUAGCAAAGCUGCCAAGAUGCUGGUGUUGUGGUACGAGGAUAACCACGUUGAUCUCAUGCUCCCGCCUGAGGGUCACAAGAAGUAUCCCAGUGAGUAUGCCCAGAUCACAGCUGGACCCGUCUUUGGGCUGCGUGCAGGUGGCCGUGGGCCCCCAUCGGUCUUCACUGCCUCCUCUGCUGCCUGUGUUCGAUCCCAGCCAUCCUCUCAGUGGACCUCGGUCAUGGAAGGCGAAGGGGCAAAAUCCCAGGCUCGCCCGGCAUCCGUCUGGACCACCUCGAUGCCGGCGAGCGCCUCGGGGAGUGCUGCGGGGCGGCCCUCGAUCGAAGCCCAGCCCUCUUUGCAAGGUAGGCGGCCCAAAGGUGUCACAGGCAAGGUCUUCAGGCAGCCGGGUGUCGUCGCAGGCAAAGGUGCAGGCCCUUUCCCGGCCGUGCCCACCCAGUGCCAGGUGCAAGGCAAAGGCAUUGCAUGGUUCCCAGACCAGGCGGUAGAGCUGUGCACUUCGUCCGUCUUCACCUGCACCUCUACUGGCACUAUCGAGGCCUUCGAUGAAUCCGAGUUUGAGCGAGCUCGUGUGCCCCCGAAGCGCUGCCCUUGGCUGGCCCAUGCCACGGCACCGGCUGACCUCACCUUUCGGUGCAACUUGUGCCCUUACAAGCGCAAGGCCACGAGCAACCACCAGUACUACCACAUCCGCCACAACCACUACCAGUGUGCCCAUGAGGGGCAGGGCCUGCAGGCGGACAUCGGGCGACCCAAGCUCACGCGGGUCUGCGGCCCAAGGGCUCAGUUCAUCUGGUGUUGCCCUUUCUGCAACAAGGGCAUCACGCAUGAGACUCGGAAGGACCUUUCUCGAUUCUCCUACUAUGCCCUGCGCAACCAGCAUCGUGCACAGGCCCACCCCGAGGUCUCCAAGGCUGAGUGGCAGCGUCUUGCGGCACUCCCGCAAACCGGGCCCAAGGAUCGCCAGGUGCAUGCCAAAGGGUGCCGCCAGCGCAACCUCACCAAGGCCGUGUUCGCUCAAGUCAGGACCCCUCGCUUUGGGGACCAGAUGCAGCUCUUUGUGUGGCCUCGAGCCAGGUGUGAGAAACGCAGCACCCGGGUCAAGCAUGUCCUCCUUGAGCAUGGUUGGAAGUGCCUCCGGUGCGGUGAGUGCACCAGGGACCUGGCUGCCGCCAAGCAGCAUAGCGAGGGUGCUCCGUGCUGCCGCGGCUGCCAAGCUUGCCAUCUCCAUGCGAAUCCCCUCCUCGCCGUGUUCGUCAAGCUUUUGAGCAUCAAUGCGAACCGCACGGCCAUCUCCAAAGUGGACCUGUGUGCCGACUUCCUCCAGUCGUGUGGGGCUGAGCUCUUGUCUCUCCAGGAGGCUGACAUCAACCCUUUGUCGGCCCAGGGUUUUGGUGAGCGCUGGCGUGCCCAUGGGUAUCGGGCUGUUCUCAGCGACAUCGAUGCUGCCAAGGGUGUGCAUAGGGUAGCCUUAGUCGCCUCCCUCCCCAUGCAUCGGGUGAACCUUAAGCUCCCUCCUCAUGUGGCUGCGCGCUGUGCUGCAGGUGCUUUUGAGAUGCAGGCUGCUGGCAGCAAGUGCAUCACCCUUGUGGUGGCCUUCUACGGUUUCCCUGGUCAGCCAGCUGCCACAGCCCAGGCCUUAGGUGAGGUUAGGCGUGCAGCUGCGACCUUCGGCGGCCCCUACAUCUUGCUCGGCGAUUUCAAUGUUGACCAGUCUGAGCAAGCUGUGGUGCAGCUGUUGUGCGAUGGCGAGCUCCGGUCUCUGGAUGAGGCGGACUGGACCCAAGCCGGCCCAACAAAUCCCACGCGCACCCGGCGCAUUGAUUUUGGCCUGGCCCAUUGGUCAAUCAUUGCGACGGCUGUCAAGCAGUUCGAACGCCCGCACCUUUCGGACCACGGGUGUGUCUUCUACGAAACGCGGUGCCUGAGCCGUGCCGACAGCUUCUCCAUGCCUAAGUUUCGUGAGCUCCCUGCCACGGCCACUGAAGACAUCCUGUCUAACUUUGGUAGGGUCUGGGAUGCCGCACACUUUGAGAGUUCUAUUGCAGGUGGGGCUCUUGAUGAAGCCUGGGCUUUCUUGUCAGACGUGGCCGAGCGCACGCUGGGUGCCACUUCGCUCUUCGAUGCCUCUGGUGCCCGCAGGAGCGACCACUGGCUCCCUUGUGCCCGCCACGAGUCUCACCAUCGUGUCGGCCCCCAGGGUCAUGAGUCCCAGUCCCUCCGUUCAUCUCGCAAGUUGCUUGGGCAAUUGCACCAACUGCGGCAACAGCCCCACUGUCAGAAGCUGUGGCGUGCGGUGGGCCGCCGGGCUGGGCUCCUUCGUGCCACUUUCCCCGACCUCCCUGUGAUACAUGCUGCCAACCUUGCAGGUGCCACCCAGGUGAUCUCUCAUUUGCAUGCUGAGCUUCAGCAGCAGGAGACGGAGGCCAGAGUGCACAGGUGGCGUUGCCGUGUUGAGGAGGAUCCUUCUCGUGCCCUCGCCUGGGUCAAGCGCAAAGCUGACCAUCAGUUGGCCAUGGAGCAAUCUCCUCAGGCCCAUGCUGGUGUCCCUUCCUCUGUUCACCCUGCCUCUAUUGUCGAAGAACAUGGUAAAGUGUGGCUGCAGCACUGGAAGCCGGAGUCCCCUGUCAACUUCGAUGCCGUGCAACGCAUCCUUGACCGUGUCCCGGGCGGGCCGCAAUCGGACAUUGUGCUCCAGGUCGAAGCUGAGGCUCUGAUGCGGGCCACCAAGGCAAUGCGGGGGAAAGCGAUGGGCCCUGACCGAUGGUCAGCGGAGCUUCUGCUCCGCCUCCCAGGGCCGUGGUGGGAAGCGGCGGCCACUCUGUGGAAUGCGGUGCUCUCCACGAAGUACGUUCCUCGACUCUGGCGCCGGGCACUGAUUGCCCUGGUGCCGAAGCGCCUGGAUGAAUACCGACCGAUCGCCUUGUGCCCUGUCCUCUGGCGAGCUGGUGCCCACUGCAUCUCUCGCAAUGUGCUGCCGUGGAUGGACACAUGGCUGGGCCACCACACCUUGGGCGGUGCACCAUGUAGAGGCCCGGGCGACGCUCAUGCCCGGCUUUUUCAUGCGUGGCAGAGCGGCGGCAAAGUCUUUUGCCAGCAGGACCUCACGCGGUUCUUCGACUCUCUUGAUGUCCAGGCGGUGGGUAUGGUGCUCCGGCACCUUGGUGCUCCUGCUGGCCUCGCUGAGCUCUUAGCCUCCUUCUACCAGGAUGCCUCGAGGCUCUUUCUGCACGAGGGCCGGUCCAGCAGUGCAUGGGGCAGCCCGGCGCGGGGCCUGGCGCAGGGAUGCCCACUCUCCCCAAUGGCCGCGGUUGCGGUCGGCCAUAUCUGGGCCAUGUGGGUCCAGUCCUUUGCCAAGGGACGCACCGACUGCCUCAUCUUUAUUGACGACAGGGUGUUGUGGCCUUCCUGCACGUGUGCGGACCCUCUUGGGGCCAUGGAUGUGGCAUUGAGGGCUUCUGACUCCUUUGACCAAGCCUUCGGUUUCCAGUGCCGUGCCAGCAAGUGUGCUGUGGUGUGUCCACCCGAUGUCGGGACUUUCGAUCAGUGGGCCAGUGCCAGGAGCUACCCACGCGUGACUACUUUAAAGGUGCUGGGCAUCACCCUCGACAUGCAGGAGGGUGCCCUGGGGCUCCUUAAGUUUAGCCCACGCUUGCUCCUGCAUCGCCUUCGCUUCCUCAAGCUCCUGGGAGGGGAGGUGCCCCAGCUCCGUCGCAUCGUGCUGCAGCUGGUCCACUCGGCCAUGUUUUGGGCUGGUGGUGUCGCCUGCCCGGACCGCGACUGCUUGCGCGACGUUUGGCACUCCACUUGUGCUGUCCUGCAAAAGCACGCCACCUUCGAGUCUCCUAAAGUCUUGCUGUGUGCCUCCUUUGGCUGGAGUUUGGACCCUGAAUGGGCGGCGGACUGGGCAUCCCUGCGGGCUGCCUGGCGUUUCAAGGCUCGGCCCCCGGCCUGGCUCGACACGGCUGGGCUUGAUGUUGCUUGUGGUGACUGGCGUCGCUUCCUCCCUGGUGCGGCGGCGGUUGUGCAAAGGUUAGGCUGGCAGGUCCAAGGCAAUGGCGCCAUCCUGGCACGGCUCGACGAUUCGGGCACCCUCCGUCAGUGCCACCUUGGCUGGGAAUCCUUUGAUGUGGUCAAGCGCUGGCUUGUGGACCACUACAAGUGGCAGGGCGUGCAUUCGUGUGGGCGGAUCCGCAAUCGUGGCCACCGCGAUGAUGCAACGUUGGCCCGUGGUCUCAGCCUGGGGGCCCCGCUUCGCAGUGCUCGGUUUGCGCUUGAAGGUCACCGCCUUGCAGUCGCGGCUGAGCCUACACGUGAAGUUCGCCUUGCAGCACUGGGCUCGGGCGGCUCCAUCUGGUACCACUGCAAACGGCUGGAGAUGAGCUCACCCGACACCACGGCGUGUGUUUGUGGCCUCUUGCAGCCCAGCCGAGCGCAUCUCACCUGGUGUUGCGCCUCAACGACGGGAUUGCGGCAAGGUCUCGCACCUCCUUCCACCCGUGCUGGUGAACGGCUCUUUGCGGCCGAAAUCACUGAGUACCCUGCAGCUCCUGCAGCUUCGGACUUUGAAAACAUCCUUCAGAGCAUUGUGGCGCAUCUUCGCAACUUCGCUACUGUGGGCGAGCGUCUGCUCAUCGCGACCGAUGGCAGUGCUAAGUUUGAUGUCGGCGGCUGUGCCGUGAUCUUCGGAAGCGGCGACGGCACCUUCGUCUUCGGUGAUGCUUGUGAGGACCAGUCGGCUUUCCGAUGUGAGCUCCUCACUUUGACGACCCUCUUCGAGGCGAUCUCUCGUGCACAGUUGGCCCCAGGCUGUCAGGUCGGCAUCCUGGUGGAUUGCAGCUCUGCUCUUCAGGCUGUGGCUCAACCUGAGGCGUGCUCCAUGCCUCUCCUGGCUCACAAGGCUGCGAGGCUACUGCGUGAUGUGCGUGCCGGUGGCUUGGACCUGAAGCUUUCGUGGACUCCUGCACAUGGUCGGCGGCCCAACUGGACUGCUCCCUGGGGCCAAACGGCCGCCCGCUGCAGGGACCUUAACGAACGGGCCGAUGCAGCUGCCAACAGCAUUCGCGAGCACCGGGCUCGUGGAUCCGGCAGGGUGAGCUGGCAUGCAGAGCUUCAUCGUGCAGCACUUUGGGAGCGGGGGGCCAUCUUGGCUUCUGCUGGUGCCUCCAAUGUCUUGGCGCAGCACCUUCGUGCGAGGCGGCCGGCCCGUAUCAUUCAUGAUGAUCCGUGA